AUGAAAGUCACGGCUCCUGACGCGGUUCCCUCUGGCGCUUCCCAAAUCGUGGACCAUGCUUUCGCUUCUUUCUCUUUUCCGGCGCAUUGGCUACCUGACUUUGCUGGAAAUAAUAGUCACCCCAACCUGUUUUCUCGCGAUAUUCUAAAUCUUUUAUAUACAAAGACUGGGAAGCGCCCGUACAUUCGAGUGGGUGGUACAUCUGCAGAUCGCACCUACUACAAUGCGUCCCAAGAACUAUCAAUUCAGGUAGACACGGGCGCCAAUGGCAUUCCGUCGGCAGUAUACAUUGGCCCAGUUUACUUCGAGGCCUUCAACAACUUCCCGGGAUCCUUGUGGAGCUUCCAGGCCAAUCUUGCAAACAAUGCCAGCUGGGGACUUGACAACACAAUGGAAGUCUGCAAGCGCGUAAUGAACACGCUUAAAGGCAACUUGAUCGACUUUGAGAUUGGCAAUGAAGUGGAUCUCUAUCCGUGUGCUGUUCGUCCUUGUGGAUAUACUGUCAACGAUUAUCUCCAAGAGUGGACCAGAUACGCCGAUGCGAUCUCAGACAACGUCCUCAAGGGGAAUUCGUACGGCCUAGACGAACAAAGGUUCUUCCAGGCUCUUGUAUUUGCAAACGCGGAACUCAAUACUUUCACCACGCAAAAUGCGUUCAAUGGAGGUAUCGAUUUAACCCAUCAUGUUAAAUCAGUGUCUCUGCAUCAUUACGCGGCUGGUAACCAGGCUUGGGUCAGACUCCAGGAGACUUUCAUGAACCACACGGCUGUUGUGGCUAAUCUUAGCAUCUACUCUCCUGCCAACAAGUACUUGAAGACCAACUAUCCAGAUGUCACUUUCUUGCUGGGAGAGACGAAUAGUGAUUAUACCAACCUGCUCAUGAGUCAGGUAGAGGGUGUUUUCGGCAGCUCGUUAUGGUUGAUCGACUAUCUCAUGUAUGGGAUGUCUCUAGGCACCACCUUUGGAUACACGGGUUGGGUGCCUGUACCUACAGGAAACAUGCAGCCUUACGUCCGACCACCGCUUUACGGCCAAAUUGUCGUAGCAGAUAUUAUUGGCCAUAAUCCCAAAGUCCAAAUUCUCCCUAUUCACCUCGGACCUGAGCUGUGGAAAUUCUCUGCGUAUGGCGUUUAUGAGUCCUCCAAGCUGAGCAAAUACGUAUUGAUUAACCUUGACGAGUGGAAUUCUACCACUCAAUACCCUCGGCCAAGCCAGAAAGUCUCACUACGCAUUCCUUCUGGAUCAAGAGGCGCCACAGUACAGAGGCUUCUUGGACCAGGAGCCAGCGCCGAUUCUGACAUAUCGUGGGGUGGACUUAGCUGGAAUUAUACACGGGGGCGACUUGCGCAAUCUGGUCGGCCUCACUUCGAGGCACUACCAGUUUCGAAAGGGGAGGCCACAGUGACAAUUCCCUCUACAGAAGCUGUUGUCGUUACGUUCGAUCGGUCAAUAUACUAG